AUGUCCUUCCCGACUCGAUCACUCUCGACUCGACUCCCGGGCGCGGGGUCGCAAAACGCUUCCGCAGGCCCGUCGCCCAUGCUGGUAGCGCGCAUCGCAGAGAAGAAGGCAGAGCUGGAGCACUUGAAGGAUCUGCGCGACCUCAGUGCUGCCGUCGCAGGCCAGAUGGAAGCACUGGAGCAGAAGCUGUCAACGCUUUCAGAUGGUACAGAAGCGAUUGCCAUGGUUAUUAGCAACUGGCAUAACGUGCUACGCGCUAUCAAUAUGGCAUCCGGUCGGUUCAAGCUGCAGGCGACGCACAUGACAGGAACUGACACGGAAUUUGUAGCCCAACUUGCCAAGCCGCCUCCGCAAGAAGAAACGUUGGAAUCGGAGGAACCCAGCAUGUCUCUGCCGCAGACACUGGUUCGCAUUCCGACAGAACACGCUCCGACGCUCCAGGCGCAGGCCGAAAACGCAGCAGAGAAUGCAGAGAGCAGUAUAGCUACGCCAUGA